CCAACAGAGGGCGUACUCGCUAUUAAAUCAGACUCAAAGCUCGUGGUCGACGGACUUACCACUCACCUGCAAGCCUGGGAGGAUAGAGGGUGGCUGGGAGUUGCGAAUGCGGCGCGUGUGCAGGAUGCCGUGGCGCGCCUGCGUGCACGCAAAGGCACCACGACGCUAGAAUGGGUUAAAGGGCACGCUGGCAUAGAAGGGAAUGAGUUGGCGGACGAACUGGCAAGGAAAGGCGCCCAGAUGAGCGCCGCCGACGGCCCUAUGCUCCCGCGGCCACCAAUGAGCUAUGUCGGGGAAGGGGUGCGCCUCCCGAUCUUGACUCAGAAGCUUGCAUAUCUGGGGAUUCGUCAGUGGAAACCGAGGCAAGAGAGGAGGCGAUCGGCACUCACCGUGGGACAGGUCGUCGAGGCAGUAGCAGCGGACUGGUCGCUAGCUCUCAGUCCGUCGCAGAUAUGGCUAGCGAUACGUCGAGACGACAUACGGCGCACCCUCCGUGACUUCUGGUGGAAGGCGCUGCACGGCGCCCUCCGCAUCGGGAAAUACUGGGAUAAUAUUCCGGGAUACGAAGGACGGGCGACUUGCUCGCACUGCGGGGUGCAAGAGUCGCUUGAACACAUUUUGGUAGACUGUGACGCGCCGGGUCGCGGCGAGAUCUGGAGCUCGGUGAGUACUCUGCUUGCAGCUAAAGGGAUAGAGGUGCCCGGCCUCAGCAUUGGCACGAUCCUGGCAGCACCGGCGCUCUCAGCUGCGGGUAAAAACGCGAGAACUCAGGCGGGCAAAAACAGGCUCCUCAGGAUACUACUCACCGAGUCCUGCCACUUAGUGUGGAAAUUAAGGUGUGAGAGGGUCAUCGGACGUGAGGGAGACCCGUCGCAGUACCACUCAGUGCCAGAGAUCAGGCGUAGGUGGUUGAACACUGUACAACAGAGACUCGAAAUGGACAGAGCGCUAGCUAAGCAAAGCAAAGGCAAGAUCACUAAGUCCCUUGUCCUCGAGACCUGGGCAGGGCUCUUGCACGACGAAGGGGCUGUCCCUGAGAACUGGAUAUAUUAUAAGGGGGUUUUAGUGGGU